AUGGCCAAGACCAACGCCCGAUUAUUGUUGCUACAUCUUUUGGCGUGUCUGACAACUGCUUCCGCUCUUCAACCAACUGUCAAAACAACAAAUGGCACGCUGGUUGGAGUUAGAAAUGCAAAAUACAGCCAGGACUUCUUCUUAGGCAUUCCGUAUGCCCAACCGCCCAUUGGAAAUCUCAGAUAUAAGCGUCCUGAGCCCCUUCAUCAGCCUUGGGAGCAGCGGAAUGCUACCGAAACUGGCCCAUGGUGCCAUUCUUCGCCUCUUACGUUGCCCGUGUUCUCGCAGACCGGAAACUCGCACGAAGAAAGCGAAGACUGCUUAACGCUCAACAUUGUACGGCCAGCCACUGCUCAUAGCAUCUCCAAAUUUCCUGUCCUUGUCUACAUCCAUGGUGGAGGUUUUCAGGAGGGCAGCGGCGCGGAUCAGAGAUACAACAUGUCUUUCCUGGUACAAGAAUCAGUUGGCGUUGGAGCGCCGAUCAUUGGCAUCACCAUCAACUACCGACUUUCUGGCUUUGGCUUCCUAUCUGGUAGCGCGCUACAAAAGUCCGGCGUUAUGAACCUAGGACUGCAUGAUCAACGAGCAGCACUCGGUUGGAUACAGGAUAAUGUCGCCGCUUUUGGCGGUGAUCCGUCUCGAGUAACAAUACAAGGCGAAUCUGCGGGUGCACUAUCUGUCGGAUAUCACUUUCUCGCUUAUGGGGGUCGUGACGACGGCCUUUUCCGCGCAGGCAUAGCCCAAAGCGGUGGGCCGGCAUCGAUUGGUCGAGUUAUAACUUUGCAACAACAAGAUAGCCUCUACAAUGACGUACUCCACCAGACAGGCUGUAUCAACUCAACUGAUACGCUUGACUGCUUGAGAGGUGCUCCUGUUGAAAUGCUAAAGACUGCCUUCCAGGGCGUGUCAUACUUUCCUGUUCAGGACGGAGACAUGAUCUCAGAAAAUCCGUUUGUGGCUUUGAAAGAGGGGAGGUUUAUACAGCGGCCUAUACUUUCUGGUACAAACACCAACGAGGGAACUUCGUUCGCCAUUAGCGAAGGCUUCAGUGUAAACAGCACCACCGAGUUUCGAGCGGCAGUCGCAAGAUAUUUUGAUCAAGGCGUAACUUACACAUCUGUUGACGCUAUAGCCACUGAGUACCUCGAGGAACUAUCGCCAGAAGAGGUUCAGUCUUCGCUUGGCAGUGUACUGCCAUCCCCCCGACCGAAUUAUGGAAAUCUCUACGGAAGAGCCGCCUUGUUCAGAGGAGAUCAACUAUUUAUCGCCCCAAGGCGCUUUAGUACCAAGAUGUGGGCUAAAUUCGGCAUCCCCGCUUUCAGCUACCGUUUCGAUACGGUGCCCAGUGGUGUUUCGCCAGAGACUUUAGGUGCUGCUCAUUUCGCGGAUAUUCCUUUUGUAUUUCUCAACGUUGAUGGCGUUGGACAUGAAUUCAACUUUCUUGCAUCCAACGUCACAACGUCACGCGACGAGUACCUGGAACUAAGUAAGCGUAUGAGCCUAAUGUGGUUGAGCUUCGUCAACGAGCUCUCGCCAAAUGCUCGUUUUGCACUGGAUUCCGGUCUGAUCUGGCCAGCAUACACAAACAGAAGCGGUACAAACAUGGUGUUCAGAAAACAUGGUCUAAGUUUGGAAGAUGAUACUUGGAGGGCUAGUGCGAUCAGUCGCCUGAACAGCGCUUCUGCAGGCUUUGAAGCUUAG